AUGUCAUUCAAGAUACCAUUCUUCAUUGAAAGUGUGCACAGCUCGUCUUAUGUCUACGUCAAUCACGCAGUCUCCACAGCAGCACCAGACGUCAGCACCAUCCACAAAGACAGCUUAAAUUACCAGGCUGUAGGCGUCUAUUACAAUAUGCCAGCCGAAGUCAAAGCUGGGCAGUCGCUCUUCUAUGUUGUUUGUGGUUCCUACGUUGGCGUCAUGGCAGGCUGCACAACUAGGGAGAAUGCAUUGAACUGUGUUCUGGGUGUCAACGAACCUGCUUAUCAUGAAGUAGAAUCUGUCAUGAUUGGGGAGCAGUGGGUUAGGGAGGCAAUUGAUUAG